UAUAAGCGCGGAACUUCCGCUUUCGUCGGCGUCUGCGUGCGAGCCAGAGAUGGACACAAACAGAACUGCGAAGCUGGAGUUUGCGGUGCAGAUGUCAUGUGACAGCUGUGUUAAUGCAGUAAAGGGCGUCCUGGAGAAAGACCCGGAAGUUCAUUCAGUGCAUGUAAACCUGGCUAAGGAGCAGGUUUUGGUGGAGACGGCGCUCACCUCUCUACAGGUCCAGAGUCUGAUUGAAAGCACAGGCAGACAGGCCGUCCUGAAGGGAAUGGGCGGCUCAGAGACAGACCUGGGCGCUGCUGUGGCGAUGGUCAGUGGGGCGGGGCUUGUGCAGGGCGUGGUCAGAUUCCUGCAGCUGUCACAGGAUCGCUGUUUGAUUGACGGGACGAUUGACGGACUGACGCCCGGAGCUCACGGCCUGCAUGUGCACGAACUGGGCGAUCUGACGCAGGACUGCAUGAGCUGUGGAGAUCAUUUCAAUCCAUUCAGGAAACAGCAUGGAGCUCCUCAGGACUCAGAGAGGCAUGUAGGAGAUCUGGGGAAUAUCACAGCUGGUCCUGAUGGCAGAGCUUCAUUCCGGCUAGAAGACUCUCAGAUCAAGGUGUGGGAUGUGAUUGGUCGGUCUCUGGUGGUGGAUUCUGGGGAGGAUGAUUUGGGGCGUGGGAAACACCUGCUGUCCAAAAUAACAGGAAACUCCGGAGAGAGGCUGGCCUGUGCAAUCAUCGCCCGCUCCGCCGGCUUGUUUCAAAACCCCAAACAGAUCUGUGCCUGUGAUGGUGUGACUCUGUGGGAGGAGAGAGAUCGACCCGUCGCUGGGAAAGGACGUAAAGUCACCGACGCACCGACUGCUAAUCUGUAAUGGGGUGAGGAUGAGACCCUCCCACGCGUCAUGGACCGCAGAUGGACAUAAAUGAAUGAUAAGAGACCAAAAACGUGGCUGUCUGAAGCUGUCGUGAAUGUCUUUUCAGGUUGUACUAAAUGAGAGUCUGAGCUGAGUUUUGAUGUAUUCACAUGACACAAACUGUGUGAACAUGUAAAUGGAUGGUGUGGAUAUAUAGUGAAAUUUAACUCCAGUUAUCACAGUGAUUCUGUUUUACUUCAGUGUUUGAUUUUACAUAAUGCUGAUUUGAGUUAAAAAUCAAAUUUGGUAACACUUUACAAUAAGGUUCCAUUAUGUAUUAACUAACAUGA